AUGGGUUCACGGAGGACAACACCACGGCCCUCUUUUGGCAAUGGAAGAUCCAGUAAUGGGGAGGAUACGAGUGGCAGUAGCCGGCCUGGUGGCUGCAGCUACCUGUCCAACGUCAGGCCAGAGACCAGGAGCACACUCUGCAGCGUGAUGGCACAGCUAACUGAGGAAACACAGCCCUCCUUCGAAACAACCCUCAAGUCCAAAGCUGUGUCUGAGAACUGCAAUGUGAAGUUCUCUUGUGUGGUUACAGGAUACCCUACUCCUCAGAUUAUUUGGUAUAAGGAUGAUGUACAGUUAGACAGAUACUGUGGACUGCCUAAAUAUGAAAUAUUCCGCAAUGGACAAAGCCAUUCCCUGCACAUUUACGAUUGCACUGUGGACGAUGCAGCAAUAUACCAGGCCUCAGCGAGCAACAGUAAGGGGAUUGUGUCCUGCUCUGGCGUUCUGGAAGUGGGUGAAAUGAACGAGUUCAAGAUCCACCAGCGCUACUUUGCCAAGCUCAAACAAAAGGCAGAAAACAGACGCAGGGAAGUGGAAGGUAAAGAAAACCAGGAGCCGCUACGAACCAUCAGUCCAGACCGCACACAGAGGAAGCGCCGCUCCACAAUGGAGGCCUUUCUCAGCAUGCCAAGCUCCAUGGAGGACGAGGGUAAUGAGGAGAGCCAUCAAGCUGUAGCUGUAGAGACUGAAGCCAGGUUACAGGAGGCACCUGUGGAAAAGGUGGAGGAAAAGCCCAUUCCCAUCACUAAUGGAGCAGUGUCUGCUGUAACUAAUGGACAGAACAUCAGUGACAAGAGUGGGACAUAUAUUUACGACUCUGCGCAGAAGAUUUUUACUACACACCAACCCAAAACUCCCUGUGUCAAAAAGAAGAUUAAAAUUUCCAACAGUGCGCCAGGAGAGCGAGCAUCUGAGGAUAGAAGGGCAAAAGAUGAGACCUUAACCUCUGUAGCGAAGGCCUGCACAGAGUCAGUACAGUCUAAGGGGAAUUCAGAGGAGUUUAUGGAAGUUGAGAACAUUGUUAGCUCAUCCGUAGUGGAUUCAGACUCUGGAAAAGUGACAGAACGACAUCAGAAAUCAGAAACAGAGGAAGUUUUGCUCGCUAAAGGGCCUACAAAAGACGAAAAGGUAUGUGUUGAGGUAGCUGUGCCUUCACAAAAAGAACAGCUUAUUCCCCCUCGACCUACUGCUGCUCUUACAUCUAAAAGUCAUACUGUGUCAGGAACUGAAGGUAAACCUGCUGCAAAGCAUGAUAGGGAACGUGGACGUAAUGGCACAGAACAAAAAUUGGAAAUACCGAAGCGAAGUCCUCCCAUGCCCUCCCCACUGCGGCAGUCAAAUCCUGCAGCAACACACCGAAAGUCCCCAAAUAUAGUAAAGAAGGACAUUUCUAAAAUAGAGCAUGAUGCAGUCAUGGAUGUUGACGAGAAGUCAAAGACCACUGGUGGAUCUUUAGCACACAAAGAGUCCCUGAACCCACCGUGUGACAACAGGACUGCUUUACAGCGUCCAUGUGAACAGCCUCGAGAUCAGCUGUCUGCAAAGGAAACAAGCCCCUGCCAACAAAAUGUGUCCAUGCCUCAGCCAGUGCUGCUGAAUGAGGUUACACAGGCCCAUACAAAGAUGAACAGGAAUGAUGCACCUGUCAGCCUUGAGCUUCCACGGAACCAGAUGGAUGCGCAACCACCACAAAAGACUCCAUCAGAGAGAGAGAACACCACAGAUGACAUCCAGACCCCUUCAUUGCACUGUGGUGUUCAAGCAGCAAUUGACAAAAUAACACAGGACACACGGGAUCAUUCCAGGGGAUCAAAUGAAAGCCAUGCAGUCCUUUUUACAGACCUACAGAAGUCAUCCCUCCAAAGCCCCAGUGGUAGUGAGAACUCCCAAGGGUGUAACGUUUCUUCCAGCGCCAAGCAAAGCCAAAUUGAUACAGCCAUAAAAACUCUUGAAGGGACAAAAAUACAAUUUGGUAAGAAGGUAGAGGGUAAUAAGGUAGAGAAGUUAUUAGUGCAGUCUGACAGCAUGGCCCCAAAUGAGAAGGUAGUGAAGAUGGAGACUGAAAGUGCUGCUCUCGAUAUUAGCAAACACAUUGAAAUGAAAAAGACCAAAGGUGCCGCAGAUAAAGACACCGAUAUCAGUGUGGAUGCAUCUAAUAAAGAAACUGAGAAGAAUAAGCAUGUGUUAAAAUUGGCGGAGGAAACAAGUUCAGCAUUACAGAACCUGAAGUCAUCUUUAUUGGAGCCUGGUAUACCACUCCAAACAAAACCUCCAGAAAACACAAACAUAUCUGAACUCCAAAUGAAAGAUUUCCAGGAAAUUCAAAGACCCGUGACAAAAGUCUUAUCGGUAGCAGAGAUUUUGAGAUCACAAUUAAAGGCUCUUGAGUCCACACUAGCAAGUUUAGGGACUGCCAUACCAGUCCAUGAAUUUAUACAAGAUACAACUUUGACAAAAACAUGUGCAGAGCUAAAAGAGGACGACAGCAAACAUGAAGUAAAAAAGUCAAUUUCUGAAAGAAAAACUCAGACAAGUAUUGACGAUCCUCCUCCCAAAAACAUAAAGGAAACCCUUAUGGAGGUUUAUCAUCUGCUAAAUAAAACUGAUCAGGAACAAAUUCAGUUUCAGUGUGCAACUUCACUACCUGAUAAGGCUUUACAAAAACCUCUGGUAAUCCCACCUAUCUCUGUGGUAGACACUGGUACCACAAUAGAGACCGCAGGACUUCAUGGGAGGGACAAAAAAUAUAAUGAAGGUGUUAUGGAUAUUUGCCAGGAAACUGGAGCAUCAACUCCGGUUACUCUGAAAGAUAACCCUGUUGUUUCCCUUUCUGAGAUUGAAAAUGUCAAACGCAAUGUUCUUCCUUCGAAUUCUACUGACGAACUGACCAAAAGACUUACAUCUGGAACUGUCAGUCCAGAACCUGGGACUCCACUUGCAAUGACCCCUACAAAGGCCAGUGGAGAGUCACAAAUUAAAGUUUCGGAGCAUGCCAAAGGUGAACCUGCUCAAACCAAAGACAUGAUAACCCCAGAAACUAAACUCAACAACAAAACCGAAAGCGGGAUUACUGAAAUGAGUUCCACAACACUAGAUCCAUACAAAAUGGAAGAACAUGAGACAAAAAACUGUUCUUUGCCCAGUUUGAAAAAGUCGCCUACUAAAAGUGUACUUGGAGGAAAUACACAAGAGAAUAACCCUAACAUUAUUAAGCAGGACAGCUCAGUGGUUGAGGGAUUCACGAAGGCCAACUCCUUAGGCAAUCCAACUCCUGAGGCCAGUCCAUUGUUAAAGCGAAGAGACUGUGUUUCCCCCAUUCCCUCUGCUACUCCACAAGAACUGGCCUCUGGGGCCAGACGCAAAAUACUAGUACCCAAGGCCAAAUCUGAGGAGGCCUCAGAGGCCACAACACCAGUUGAUAACCAAACUCAGACAAAGGAAGUUGCUACAGAGAGCAAGCUUUCUGCAAGUCCAGCGAACCUCGCUACGUCCCCAAGCCUGCUGCGGCGCUCGCCUCUACUUCAGCCCCCUGGUGAGAAAACUUCAGCAGAAAGGCGUUCUCCAUUGUUGAACAGGAGGAAGACGGCAUCUGACACUCAAGCACCAAGUCAGCCGCCCACUGAGGAGAUCCACACUGCCAAAACUGAGGGGCAACCUCCAGAGAAGGACAAGCAUGACCCUUUCAAAGCUCCUCAAGUUAUUCGUAAGAUCAGGGGCGAAAACUUUGCAGAUGCCUCAGGACACUUAAAACUGUGGUGCCAAUUCUUCAACGUUCUUAGUGACUCUACAAUCAAAUGGUACAGAAAUGAUGAGGGGAUUGCUCAUAUUAAAAAAAAUGCAGGGGACGAAACUCAGGUCAACCUUGCCAUUGUUCAGGCAUCAUGCAAAGACUCUGGUGUUUACCGAUGCACAAUCACAAAUGAGUAUGGUACCGACUCAACAGACUGUCUUCUUAGUGCAGAUAUCAUGGCUGGAAUGUCCCUACGUGAGGACCUUGGAGUUGGAGAAGAAAUCGAAAUGACACCCAUGAUAUUUAACAAGGGUGUGGCUGAUUCUGGCAUCUUGGCAAACAAAUUAUUUGGCCGUAUAAUGAUGCAGGAAUCUCAUAUUGGUGAUGGCUGUUCUCAUAAAGUUUGGAGGGCAAAAGUCAUCUAUGGUCUGGAGCCAGUGUUUGAAUCUGGAAACACAUGUAUCAUUAAAGUACGCAACCCUAUUGCCUAUGGAGGCAAAGCAGAUAGCUGUCUUUUAGAGAGGAACCUGGACAUUGUCAAGCAGGAUUGUAAAAUUCAGAACUUGGCUCGUGAAUACUGCAAAAUCUUCUCCGCAGAGGCAAGAGUGAUUGAAAACUUUGGCCCCCCUCUUGAGGUGAUUCCAGUCUACCUGAUGUACCGACCUGCAAACACUGUCCCGUAUGCCACAGUGGAGGCUGAUUUGGCAGGAGUCUAUCAGAAAUACUCUGUCCUGGAUGAUAUAGGCAGAGUAGACAAGAGGUCUGGCUCUGCAGUGGAGCAGAAGUGCUGUGCCCUGCAGCACUGGAUCUUUCAGUGGACCAAUGGCAAUCUGCUUCUCAGUCGGUUAGAAGGUGUUGACACAAAGAUCACCAAUGUUGGGAUUUCAGUCAAAUCAACAGGGCACCAAGGUCUGUCUGUUGAAGGGAAUCCCAAAGUUUUCGAGCAGUUUGUCUCCCAACACCAGUGUAACUACUUCUGUGGUCUGCUCAGCCUGAGGUCACUGAAGGUUAUGGAUUCUUUAUUGACGCCAACAAAGCCCAAGAGCUCCAGGAGCCCAUUACUUCAACGCAAAAUGGCUGCUGGCUCCUCCAGCCCUCAGACUGGGAGGAAAGCUGGUAGUAGCCCCAGACUGCCCAGGAAGAUUGAACAAGAAGGCAGAAAUACUCCCACUAAACAAAAAGCUGCUGAGCCUCCCAAAGCUGUUGGAAUAGAAUAAUUAUCACUCAUCAAGACAUGUGAACAGUAUUGUUAAUCACAUGCCACUAAUCCAUGAUGAUACUUUAUCCAUGAUGAAUUCCUAAGCCAGAAAUGGUUCACUGUUAUUAGUACCCAUCAGCCCAGUAGGGGGUGGCAAGGAGCAACCUCCUGGCCUGAAAAGAGAAGCCAAUGCAGAGGUGCCCUAA